AUGGAUUUGAAUUCCCUACAAAGUUACAAUCAAACGAAUCCAGAAUCACCAAAGGAAGAUACAUCUUCAAGAUGGCGCGAAAUUCAUGGUUCGUCGGAUUGGAAUAAUCUUCUAGACCCUCUACACCCUUGGCUCCGACGAGAGAUCAUCAAAUAUGGUGAAUUUGCUCAAGCCACAUACGAUGCUUUCGACUUCGAUUCCUUAUCGGAGUAUUGUGGGAGUUGCAUGUACAAUCGUCGAAAGAUUUUCGACAAAUUAAGGCUUACUAAGAAUGGGUACAUAGUAAACAAGUACAUCUAUGCCAUGUCACACAUUGAUGUGCCCCGAUGGCUCGAAUGGACCCACCUGACGGACACAUGGAGCAAGGAUUCCAAUUGGAUGGGGUUUGUGGGUUUUAGCAAUGAUGACGAGUCACAUAGGAUUGGAAGACGUGACAUUGUCGUGGCUUGGCGUGGGACCAUUUCAGCCUGUGAAUGGUAUAAAGAUCUUGAAUUGGAUUUGAUACCAAUUGAAGAUGGAGAUGUGAAGGUUGAGCAUGGCUUCCAUGACAUUUACACAUCUAAGAGGGAGUCCACUAGUUACAACAAGUCAAGUGCCUCAGAGCAAGUGAUGAAACAAGUAACUAGACUAGUUAGCCUCUAUAAAACAAGAGGUGAUCAAGAAGUGAGUCUCACCAUCACUGGCCAUAGUUUAGGUGGUGCCUUAGCUCUCCUCAAUGCUUAUGAAGCUGCCAAAGCCAUUCCUGAUCUUCCUAUCUGUGUCAUCUCCUUCGGAGGACCAAAAGUCGGUAACAACGCCUUUAAAGAGAAGCUUCGCGAAAUGGGAGUAAAGACAUUACGCGUUGUAGUAAAGCAAGAUAAAGUCCCUCUGAUGCCUGGGAUACCAGGAUGGCAAUAUACCCAUGUCGGAACUGAAUUGAAACUUGAUGUUCAAGUGUCGCCUUACUUAAAGAAGGGAUUCGAUUUGAUAGGGUUCCAUAGCUUAGAGACAUAUCUCCAUCUUGUAGAUGGUUUUCGAAGUAGCACUUCGGAAUUCCGGUCAGACAGUCGGAGGGACUUGGCAUUGGUGAACAAAUAUUGUGGAAUGUUGGUGGAUGAGCUAAAAAUACCCAAGUGCUGGUCUCAAUCUCUCAACAAAGGAUUAGUUCUUAACUCUUAUGGGAAAUGGGUUAGGCCUAGGAGAGACCCUGAAGACAUACCUUCAACUGAACUAAGGUAUUUACUACGCAAUGACACAUAG